GGCGAUUUCUUUUCCUUUCUAACUGUGGGCCGCGUUGUGCUGCUGCUGGGCGGGCGUUGGGCGCCGGCGGUCUUCGAGCGUGGGGGCCCGUUGGCUUUCCCUUCUCAGAAACUGCUCCGGGGGCGCUCGCUUGCCCCGGAUUCGGACGCGGCGCUCCCCGGGCUUGUCUGAAGUGCAGAUCGCCGCAGAGGCCCCAGUGCCCGGAUGUCCAUCAGGAUUAGCGCGAGCCAAUACGGGCCAAGCCCGGGGCUGCGCCGAGGACGCCCGGGGCUCGAGAGCAGGUAGUCCCGUAACAUCGGGGCGCCGCGCCGGGACGCGUCCCCGCCCGGCUCCGCCAAAUGGUGAGCGCGGCGCUGGCAGCAGGGCCCGCGGGGUGAAGGUGCACAUGGACGGAAGACCCCUGGCUCUAUAAGCUGAAUUAUGGCAGCCCAGUCAAGUUUGUACAAUGACGACAGAAACCUGCUUCGAAUUAGAGAGAAGGAAAGACGGAACCAGGAAGCCCACCAAGAGAAAGAGGCAUUUCCUGAAAAGAUUCCCCUUUUUGGAGAGCCCUACAAGACAGCAAAAGGUGAUGAGUUGUCUAGUCGAAUACAGAACAUGUUGGGAAACUAUGAAGAAGUGAAGGAGUUCCUUAGUACUAAGUCUCACACUCAUCGCUUGGAUGCUUCUGAAAAUAGGUUGGGAAAGCCGAAAUACCCUUUAAUUCCUGACAAAGGGAGCAGCAUUCCAUCCAGCUCCUUCCACACUAGUGUCCACCACCAGUCCAUUCACACUCCUACAUCUGGACCACUUUCUGUUGGCAACAUUAGCCACAAUCCAAAGAUGGCACAGCCAAGGACUGAACCAAUGCCAAGUCUCCAUGCCAAAAGCUGCGGCCCACCAGACAGCCAGCACCUGAGCCAGGAUUGCCUUGGUCAGGAGGGGUUCGGCUCUAGUCAUCACAAGAAAGGUGACCGAAGAGCUGACGGAGACCACUGUGUUUCGGUGACAGACUCGGCUCCAGAGAGGGAGCUUUCUCCCUUAAUCUCCUCUUUGCCUUCCCCAGUUCCCCCUUUGUCACCUAUACAUUCCAACCAGCAAACUCUUUCCCGGGUGCAAGGAAGCAGCAAGGUUCAUGGCAGCAACAAUAACAGUAAAGGCUAUUGCCCAGCCAGAUCUCCCAAGGACCUAGCAGUGAAAGUCCAUGAUAAAGAGACCCCUCAAGACAGUUUGGUGGCCCCUGCCCAGCCGCCUUCUCAGACAUUUCCACCUCCCUCCCUCCCCUCAAAAAGUGUUGCAAUGCAGCAGAAGCCCACGGCUUAUGUCCGGCCCAUGGAUGGUCAAGAUCAGGCCCCUAGUGAAUCCCCUGAACUGAAACCACUGCCGGAGGACUAUCGACAGCAGACCUUUGAAAAAACAGACUUGAAAGUGCCUGCCAAAGCCAAGCUCACCAAACUGAAGAUGCCUUCUCAGUCAGUUGAGCAGACCUACUCCAGUGAAGUCCAUUGUGUUGAAGAGAUUCUGAAGGAAAUGACCCACUCAUGGCCUCCUCCUUUGACAGCAAUACAUACGCCUAGUACAGCUGAGCCAUCCAAGUUUCCUUUCCCUGCAAAGGACUCUCAGCAUGUCAGUUCUGUAACCCAAAACCAAAAACAAUAUGAUACAUCUUCAAAAACUCACCCAAAUUCUCAGCAAGGAACGUCAUCCAUGCUCGAGGACGACCUUCAGCUCAGUGACAGUGAGGACAGUGACAGUGAACAAACCCCAGAGAAGCCUCCCUCCUCAUCUGCACCUCCAAGUGCUCCACAGUCCCUUCCAGAACCAGUGGCAUCAGCACAUUCCAGCAGUGCAGAGUCAGAAAGCACCAGUGACUCAGACAGUUCCUCAGACUCGGAGAGCGAGAGCAGUUCAAGUGACAGCGAAGAAAAUGAGCCCCUAGAAACCCCGGCUCCGGAGCCUGAGCCUCCAACAACAAACAAAUGGCAGCUGGACAACUGGCUGACCAAAGUCAGCCAGCCAGCUGUGCCACCGGAGGGCCCCGGGAGCACAGAGCCCCCACGGCAGCACCCAGAGAGUAAGGGCAGCAGUGACAGCGCCACGAGUCAGGAACAUUCCGAAUCCAAAGACCCUCCCCCUAAAAGCUCCAGCAGAGCCCCCCGGGCCCCACCCGAAGCCCCCCACCCCGGAAAGAGGAGCUGUCAGAAGUCUCCGGCACAGCAGGAGCCCCCACAGAGGCAAACCGUUGGAACCAAACAACCCAAAAAACCUGUCAAGGCCUCUGCCCGGGCGGGUUCACGGGCCAGCCUGCAGGGGGAAAGGGAGCCAGGGCUUCUUCCCUACGGCUCCCGAGACCAGACUUCCAAAGACAAGCCCAAGGUGAAGACGAAAGGACGGCCCCGGGCCGCAGCAAGCAACGAGCCCAAGCCAGCAGUGCCCCUCUCCAGUGAGAAGAAGAAGCACAAGAGCUCCCUCCCUGCCCCCUCUAAGGCUCCCUCAGGCCCAGAACCCACGAAGGACAAUGUGGAGGACAGGAGCCCUGAGCACUUUGCUCUUGUUCCCCUGACUCAGAGCCAGGGCCCACCCCACAGUGGCAGUGGCAGCAGGACUAGUGGCUGCCGCCAAGCCGUGGUGGUCCAGGAGGACAGCCGCAAAGACAGACUCCCAUUGCCUUUGAGAGACAGCAAGCUGCUCUCACCGCUCAGGGACACUCCUCCCCCACAAAGCUUGAUGGUGAAGAUCACCCUAGACCUGCUCUCUAGGAUACCCCAGCCUCCCGGGAAGGGGAGCCGCCAGAGGAAAGCAGAAGAUAAACAGCCGCCCGCAGGGAAGAAGCACAGCUCUGAGAAGAGGAGCUCAGACAGCUCAAGCAAGUUGGCCAAAAAGAGAAAGGGUGAAGCAGAAAGAGACUGUGAUAACAAGAAAAUCAGACUGGAGAAGGAAAUCAAAUCACAGUCAUCUUCAUCUUCAUCUUCAUCCUCCCACAAAGAAUCUUCUAAAACAAAGCCCUCCAGGCCCUCCUCACAAUCCUCAAAGAAGGAAAUGCUCCCCCCGCCACCCAUGUCCUCAUCCUCCCAGAAGCCAGCCAAGCCUGCACAUAAGAGGUCAAGGCGGGAAGCAGACACCCGUGGCCAGGACCCUCCCAAAAGUGCCAGCAGUACCAAGAGCAACCACAAAGACUCUUCCAUUCCCAAGCAGAGAAGAGUAGAGGGGAAGGGCUCCAGAAGCUCCUCGGAGCACAAGGGUUCUUCCGGAGAUACUGCAAAUCCUUUUCCAGUGCCUUCUUUGCCAAAUGGUAACUCUAAACCAGGGAAGCCUCAAGUGAGGUUUGACAAACAACAAGCAGACCUUCACAUGAGGGAGGCAAAAAAGAUGAAGCAGAAAGCAGAGUUAAUGACGGACAAGGUUGGAAAGGCUUUUAAGUACCUGGAAGCCGUCUUGUCCUUCAUUGAGUGUGGAAUUGCCACAGAGUCUGAAAGCCAGGCAUCCAAGUCAGCUUACUCUGUCUACUCAGAAACUGUGGAUCUCAUUAAAUUCAUAAUGUCAUUAAAAUCCUUCUCAGAUGCCACAGCGCCAACACAAGAGAAAAUAUUUGCUGUUUUAUGCAUGCGUUGCCAGUCCAUUUUGAACAUGGCGAUGUUUCGUUGUAAAAAAGACAUAGCAAUAAAGUAUUCUCGUACUCUUAAUAAACACUUCGAGAGUUCUUCCAAAGUCGCCCAGGCACCUUCUCCAUGCAUUGCAAGAAGCACAGGCACACCAUCCCCUCUUUCCCCAAUGCCUUCUCCUGCCAGCUCCGUAGGGUCCCAGUCAAGUGCUGGCAGUGUGGGGAGCAGUGGGGUGACUGCCACUAUCAGCACCCCAGUCACCAUCCAGAAUAUGACAUCUUCCUAUGUCACCAUCACGUCCCAUGUUCUUACCGCCUUUGACCUUUGGGAACAGGCCGAGGCCCUCACAAGGAAGAAUAAAGAAUUCUUUGCUCGGCUCAGCACAAAUGUGUGCACCUUGGCCCUCAACAGCAGUUUGGUGGACCUGGUGCACUAUACACGACAGGGUUUUCAGCAGCUACAAGAAUUAACCAAAACACCUUAAUGGAGCCCCAGGUUGAUUCAAUGCCUUGGGAACUGUUUUUGCACAUUGGAAGCCUCAAAAACAGUCCAGACGUUUGUUUCAUCAGGACACCAAACUCUAAAACAGAAGCACCAUGAGAUGGCCAGGACAUUUGUCCACUUAAACUCUCAACAACGGUGUGAUCAUUGGUUGGACACUAUGGUUAUGCAGAAGCAGAGAUGAGGAGGCUGGCCCCAGAGAUGAUCUUGCCCUUCCUAACUAAAGGACAGAAGUGCAAUGUAGCUUAAAUGGGUGUAUGAAUGGUCUAGAAACAUUUCUAUUUUUUUUUUUUUAACCAGCAGGAUACAAGUUGCAAAUGAAAUGAGAAACAGUUUCAACUCUGAAAGUGAAUUUCACAUCGUCUCAGUAGCCACACUAGUCCAUUCCCAGAAGGAAAUUUUUUUUUUAACACUGACUUUUGGUGAAGGGUUUUGUGGAUGAUUUUUUUUCUUUUGAGUUUUGGGAGAAAUAUUUGUUUAAUAACUUCUAAUGGCCAUCUGUAAACCAUAAGUAAUGAAGGACUCCACUGUGCCCCACUUUCUGCCAAUGAACAGUGGCUUGAUAAUACCAAGUAUUGUUGUAAUUUAUAAAAUUGAAGGCAACCCCCGCUCCUGCUGCCCCCCAUCUCCCCAUUGCCUAGAGCGCUGCACAUUGACCCCAGCUCUGACUUCUCAUUACUGUGCUGAAAGUCAGCCCACGUCGGAGCGGCGAGGAGGAGCCACAGCACAUGGGGUGCCGCCUCGAGGUCUGCACAGGACGACUUGGCGCUGCCAUUUCCUACCCCUGCCAUUUCCCACCCCUGCUUCAGCGAAAGGUACUCUCUAACAGGGCAGUCACUGUUGCCUCUAUUCUGAAUUUCCUGCCUUGGGGAAGAAGGGAACCAACAUUUAUACCUGACCAGAUGGCUAAAGUGCUUUUAAAGUUUUGUUUAAGUAGAGCUGGAAUUUGAGGUGCUGAUCUGUGGUCUACAGUUAUGUGGUAACUCAUGUUGUCCAACCAACUCAGAGUUUUGUCAGUGAACAAGAAAAAUGAAAUCUGCUUCUUAGAGAGGCUAUAUUUUUCUGCUACAAAUUAUUUUAUAUUUAUAGCAAAACUAGACUUUCAGAGUCCUUGAUUGUCUAGGGGAAGUUAACUCCCUGAGAGGAUGUAGAGAUUUGGGGUGGUUAGUUAGACUUUUGAAAAACUCAUCACCACAUGCCUUCACUCCAGAGUGUUCUCAGCUAGAUUUGAUUUGGUUGAGGAGGAACUGUGGCCCUCCGUAAGUUAUUGCCAUAGUGUAUACAUUAAACCAAGUCCAUUUUGAAUGACCUAAAAUGAAAUAACACAAUCAGAAAUCCCAUGUGCCCAUAAGCACAGAUUUUUCUUUUUCAUUCAAACUUUAAAGGUUAUUAUUGGAAACAUUACUUUGAGUGCAGUGUUUUUAAAAGUCAAUUCUUUUUUAUCCCUUUUAGAAGUAGAAUUUGCACACUUACUACAAUUGAGGAGUGUCAUCUCUAUAACUAUUUUUUCUCCACCUUUGUCCUAUUCUGUCCGUCUACAUGUUUCCUUCCAAGCAUGUUUCACAUUUUCCUGUUAGUGGAGGAGGGAGAACCAUAUUUAUUUAUAACGGAGACAUCUAAGAUCCCUAUGAUGAAUGCAGGAACUCUCUUGGUAGUUUGUAAAUACACAAAGGGAUGUGUCGAGGGAUGGGAGCGAUGCUUCUCUCUCACAGUGUGAGUGGUCUGUGUGAGGCUGUUCCUUCAGUUUCUUCUCCAGAAUAUUCUUUGGUUGUCACUAAGUCAGAGGUCUGGUCCCUCAUGUUUAGGUGAAAGCCAGAGAAUGACAGCUGUAGUCAUAUCUGAGCAUAAGACCUUGAUGUGUGAUUCCUGAUGACCGGUUUUCAUUUAUUCAUGUUAUAAAGCAAAGCCCUGGUCCUUUUUAAACUACUAGUUUUAAAAACCUGUGUUAAAUGAACAGUAAUUGCCUGGUAGGUUUUGUGUGUUUGUAGCAUUGUGUGUCCAUCUGUUAUAUGUAAGGGACAAGGCACCAGAAUCAGGCUUUAUUUCGAUAUUGAAGAUGUUAUUUAACAUCUUUCUUUUUUCCUUGCUCCCUUAGCCAUCCCCUCCCCUUUUGCCCCAUCAUUCCCUAGAACAAGCCACCUGUCAAUUGUGAAGGGUUGUGUUAUUUAUGGCAGGUCCCGUCUAUGCAGAUUGUGCCAGAGCAUGUGCAUGUUCUGUUGGCAAGCCACAGUGCUCCCUUGACCGAAGACAUUUCCAAGUAGAUUUCUCCGCCAGCUGUAAAACAGAUUGCUUUUUCAGUGGCCUUACUCUUUGUGGGUUUUUGUUUUUUGUUUUUUUUUUUUCUGAACUUGAUACAAAGAUUUUCUUUGUCCCUUGAAAAAGUAACAAAUGUGCAUAGAUCAAUUUGUACUGCUUUGGUCAUUGGAUAUUUCUGAUCCUUAUUGCAUUGUACCUAAAAGAGAAUAACUAAUGGUAACCUUUUUAAUAGAGUAUGUGAAAGGUAGUGGCUGAUGAAUCCUUAAUGUUCAUAGGGUCUUUUUGCUGUUACAGUUGUAUAUAGAAGUCUAAAGGAUUUUUAAAAUCAUUUGCACUUUUUCACUGCAUGCUUACAAUUCCCAAAGGCAAAAUCUGUACCAAGGUAGAUCAUUUGAAAGGGCUAGAUUAUCAAAUUAAGCCUUAGAAUAUGCAGAGUUCUUAUAACAAUAAUAGUACACACUUCACAGUAAGACAAAUGCAAAGCAUCUUAAGGAGUGAAAAUAGAGUGUAAAUCUUGCCUUUAGCACUACAAGGGGUGUGUGUGUGUGUGUGUGUGUCUGUGUGUCUGUGUGUCUUUAGUAGGAAAUGGAAGAACACUGUUUUAUUUUUAAAAGUGUUUAAUGUUUCUGUCCUUUCUGUGAAUUACUGAAUUUAAGAGCCCUGCUAAAUAAUGAAAAAACACUUUACUAAAAUUUAUCAAAUUAUACUGGGUUCGGAUUGUGAAAACAUUGGCCACCUAGUAGCAGUGGUGAGGAGUGAGAGGGCCCAGCAAGCAUUUAUCAGAAAUAGAAUCACAAUAGGAGGAGAAUUUGACUGUCUGAUAUUAUGAUUUCAUCACAAUACUGAAUGGGAAAAGCAUCUAAUAUUUUGUAACAAAAAGACCUUCAUAUUAUCUGUUUUGACCAAAAUGUGUAGCUAUUUCCCUUGGACAGAUUGGACCACACUUAUCUCCCUUGUCCCGUAUCCUUUAAUUUCAGGUCUCAGGAUGUUUAGAAAGCUAAAACCCCCUACCCCUUUCUGGCUGAAAACUUGCCUUAUUUGGUAUCUUACACAUUAAUGUUACUAGCAUCAGGAGCUUACUGUUUUAUUAUGAUUCAUCUUCAGUAAUUUUUAGAAGCAAAAAGAAAGCCAUUGUGUCCUCUACAAUUAACAAAACUUAUCUCUGAUAUACAAAGGGAUAUAAAUACAUACACUUAAACAGAGAAUAAGAGGUUGAUUGAAUUGUGCCUUUGACUGAACCCAGUUUUUAAAUACUGCUGUCUGCUGUGUUGGUUUCACCAUGGCUUCAGGGAUGCUACGUGGCUCUUGCACCUUUUACUCCUCUGCUUUAUGAAGUUUGAGUUGUAUUUGUGCAUCUUAAAGUAGAUUGAGGCUUGAGGCUGGGCUUUCGGGCUUUUUUUUUUUUUUUUUAAUGUACUUAAACCUGCUUGCUUCCUACCACAGAUUGUUUAUUUUCCCAAACACUACAAAAAAACUUUUAAAACUUUGCCAUUUCAUCUGUUUACACUCUUUGCCACUGAUUAGCAGUAUUUAAAUCUUGCAAGAAUAUUUUGUGCUUCCUUUAGAAACACAAGAGUAUAGAUUUUUCUCACUGAAAAGUGAGAGUUACGCAUUGCAGCCAUGAAGGGAUGCUAGGAUCAAUUAUGGCAGUACCUUUUUUCCCCUCCCGUUCUUGAGCCAGUUGCCUCUUUUGUUUUGGGUCCCACUUAGGAUUAAUGGAUGUAAGGUAUUUUCCUGUGCCUUUAUUUUGUGUCAUUCUAUUGGAAGGAGGUGUAAUGGCAGAACAGCAUAGUGUUGGGGCUUUUCCUUCAAACACUGCAAGUGGUAUUGCCACCAUGUGAACCUCAAAUAUGCAAUCCAGUUGUGUUGGUUUCUCGGUGACUUGGAGUGUUCAUCUCUUCAUGAAUUGUGAGCACUGACCAUGUUCUUCAGUUCUUAAUUAUGGUGAGUUGACAAAUACUUUUCUUUAGGUGGCUAUAAAUUUCUUAUUGUUAGGAGGAAAUGACACUAUAUUCUGUUCCACUGAGCAUCAGAGAUCAGCAGGCACUGUACUGGGUAGAGAAGUGCCUAUACUUCUCUACCUAAGAGGGCAGGAGGGAAACCCUACAGCUCCUUGUGAGCCUAUAUAUUAGUAUAUCGGCCUGGAGAGGACAAGGGAAUAAGACCACUCAUAGUGAGGCUGACCAAGCUGCACUGGUCGGACCAGGCAGUGGCUGACCUAAGGAAGACAACUUGCUUUGCUUAAAAGUAGAUUUUUUAAGCAAUACUUAACACAGGCAGUAUUAACUUCACCUUUGUUGAGGCCAUCAACAUGUAUUGUUAAAAUUACUGCAUAUCCCCCUCAGAUAACAAGUAUACACUGUUCAUGUUGGGGUUGUGUGUGUGUGUGUGUGUGUGUGUAUGUGUGUAUGUACGCACACAUGUGUCCCAAAUCUUGUUUUAAUUUUUUUUUCUGAAUGUGAUCAUGUUUUGGAUGAUACCUGAGCAGGGUUGCCUUUUUUUUAUUUAUUACCGUUAUAUAUUAUAUUAUAUUAUAUUUUUUGCUUUCUUAUAACUUUGGAGGAAAGUCAAAUCUUGGUAUUAUUAAAAUUGUUUUAAAAAGGAGUAAAUUUUCCAGUUGAUAAAUGGAAAUCACUGGUCUAUCUUUAAUGAGUUUUUCUUUAAUUACUGUGGAAUAACGUGCCAGCUAUCAUCAACACAAUGAUUUUGUACAUAGGGUAGGGAAGCAGUGAUGCUCUCAAUGGGAAGAUGUGCAACACAAAUUAAGGGGAACUCCAUGUAUUUUACCUACUUCAGCAAUGGAACUGCAACUUGGGGCUUUGUGAAUAAAAUUUAGCUGCCUUGUAUAGUCGUUUGAAAGAGAAUAUGUGAUCUGUGAGAGAAUUAUAGUUUUUUUUAGAAGAAAAAUCUGCAAAAGAUCUUUCCAAAGACAAUGUGCCACAGAUCUUUUGUUCUCUGUAAUGAGGAUUAAUUGCUGUUUAAACAAAAAAUGUAAUUGUUCAUCUUUAAAUUCUCUCCUUUUCAUAAGAGGAUCAAGCUGUAAAAAAACAAAAAAAUUAAUAAAAAUUUCGAGAAAUCA